GAGACAGAAGACAGGUGGAGAGGGAGAGAUGUCUGAGGAGAGCAACAGACUGAAGCAGAGAGAGAGAGGGAAAACAGUGGUGAAAUAUUUGCUAGAGAUGUCAAAUCUGUAGAUGAAUCUUAGCUAAUCACAUUUGAGUGAUAUCUAUUGCACUCUUCAAGUCGGGCCUUCAUUUUUCUUCAUCUUUGAUGAUUCUAAAAACUUCAUUCUAGCUCACAAACACCUCCACAACUGUACAAUAAUGCAGCAAAUUUGGCUAUCUCUACUAUCCAGCAUGUGCCUUCGGCUGUUUUUCCUUUGCAGUGCUGAGGAAGGUCUUGAGUUCCCUAAUUUUGACGGGAAGGACAGGGUGCUGGACAUCAACGAGCGCAACUACAAGAAAGCUCUGAAGAGAUACGACCUGCUGUGCCUGUUCUACCAUGAACCACUGCCCGCCAACAAGGGCCUGCAGAAGCGGUUCCAGAUGACAGAGCUGGUGCUAGAGCUCACAGCUCAGGUCCUGGAGAACAAAGACAUCGGGUUUGGGAUGGUAGACUCCCAGAAGGAUGUCAAAGUAGCCAAAAAACUGGGUCUGGAGGAGGUGGGCAGCUUGUAUGUCUUCAAGGACGACCGUGUCAUUGAGUUUGAUGGCGAGCUCUCAGCAGACACACUGGUGGAGUUUCUGUUGGAUGUGCUGGAGGACCCAGUGGAAAUGAUCAAUAAUGCCAUGGAGCUGCGAGCGUUCGAGAGGAUGGAGGAAGACAUACGCCUCAUUGGCUACUUCAAAGGAGAAGAUUCAUACUACAAAGCUUUUCAGGAGGCCUCAGAGCGAUUUCAACCUUACAUCAAGUUCUUUGCUACAUUUGAUAAAUCUGUAGCCAAACAUCUCUCCCUCAAGAUGAACGAGGUGAAUUUUUAUGAGCCGUUCAUGGAGGAGCCGGCCAUUCUGCCCGGCAGACCUCUGUCAGAGAUGGACAUUGUCGAGUUUGUGAACCAACACAGAAGGGCUACUCUGAGGAAGCUCCGGGCAGAGAAUAUGUUUGAAACUUGGGAGGACGACAUGGAUGGAAUACAUAUCGUUGCGUUUGCUGAGGAGGAAGAUCCAGAUGGCUAUGAAUUCCUGGAGAUCCUCAAAGACGUGGCCAGAGACAACACCAACAACCCAGAGCUCAGCAUCGUCUGGAUCGACCCUGAUGAUUUCCCUCUGCUGACCACUUACUGGGAAAUAACCUUCAAGUUGGACCUGUUUAGACCUCAGAUUGGUGUGGUAAACGUCACAGAUGCGGACAGCGUGUGGCUGGACAUGUCCAACGACGAGGACCUGCCCACUGCAGAGGACCUUGAGGACUGGAUAGAGGACGUCCUGUCAGGGAGGGUGAACACGGAGGACGAUGACGAGUCUGCUGAUGACCGGGACAACCCUGACAGCUACGUCACAGAGGACAGCUAUGAAAGUCAGGACCAAGAUGAGGAAGAUGACAGCGAUGACUAACCUGAACAAACCAAAACAAUGAGCUGGAAGAUGCUAAAACACAUGAGGGGAACUGUAGAGUCUGAUUUUGAGUUUUUCGUGACCGAUCAAUCUAUAACAUUACAAAUAUGUUGAUAGAAAAAUUAAUAGAUGAUAAUUCUGUGUGUAUAUAUAUGUGAAACUAAAUGACAAUAUUUAUGUUCUUCUAGUGCUUGAAUUGUUUUCUUGUGAUUAAUGUAUAUUAAAUGUUAAUAGAUUAAACCUGAAUUAAAAGAGCAGCACAGAAAGGUAAAUAAAGCACUUUUGUGGAGAAAGUUUUCAUGAUGUAAAACAGUGUUAAUAAAAGUAAAUGACUACA